AUGAAGAAUAUUAUGGAUUUUCUGGCAUUGCGUCUAAUUUUGUUGGCUCAUUACUUUGUAUAUGAGACUGUCUGCUCCCCACCUGAAAACCGAUUACUCACCGACCUGCUUCGCGGCUAUGUGAAGGAAGAACGGCCUGUUGUUGACAGCUCACAGCCAGUUGUUGUCAAACUUGGUGUUUCGUUGCAGCAAAUCAUUGAUUUGGUAAGAAAAUAUACGAAGAUUGUGAAGAAGAGCCCGUAUUUUACAAUUCCCUUAGAUUUUGAAGUCUAUGUUUGCAGAAUGAGCGCAAUGAACAGUUAACUGUUAACAUGUGGCUGACUUUCUCCUGGAAGGAUGUGAAUCUACAAUGGGAUCCAAGGGAGUAUGAGUAAGUCACUUUAAACCCGUUUUUUAUGCAGUUCCUCUUUUAGAAACGUCACAGACCUCCGUUAUCCGUCGGACAUGCUGUGGCGCCCCGAUAUUCUGCUCUACAACUCCGUUGACUCCGCAUUUGACUCAACAUAUAAAGUGAAUAUGGUUGGGGACUCCAACGGAAUGGUAACUUGGAUCCCGCCGGGGAUUUUUACAAUAUCCUGCAAACUGGAUAUCUACUAUUGGCCUUGGGAUGAUCAGAUUUGCUUCUUCAAGUUUGGCUCCUGGUCUUUUUCCGACCGUUACAUUAACCUUCAACCGGGCGAUUUUGAUGUAACAACGUAUAUCGAAAAUGGCGAAUGGGUGCUGAUGAGGUACUGGGUGAAUCGGACGGAAAAGUUUUAUGAUGCGCUGCCCAAUGACCCCUUCCCUUACAUCACCUUCUUCCUGCACAUACGAAGGAGGACUUUGUGA